AUGAUCUGCCCAACCCUACUCCUCAUUUUGUUGGCCUCGGUCAUAAACUGUGUCCGAGUGCCGAGACAGUAUGAGAUCGACUUAGAUGCUUCGCCAAGGGAAAGAUGGAACGAAGUAAUUCACGAUCAUGCGGAAUUCAUUCCCGAGUUUGUCAGAGUAGCUCAAACCUAUGUCCCGAAACAACUACUCCCUAUCGCAUUUUGGAUAGCAGGAGAAUUGAACCGCUUCUUUCCAUAUGAAUAUGAAGAAGAGAUACGAGGAAUCGCCGACACCUCUGGUCUCGCUCUGGGUCACGUUGUCUCCAUGAAUAUUCUAUAUGAUAUCCUUGCAUUUGAUCGUAAACAUAUACUUCAACUAGGAUGCACAUCAAUCGUUGCGCAAAACGAUGAAGGAGAAAUCUAUCAUGGAAGAAAUCUUGAUUACGAAAUGGGUGACUUGCUCAAGAAUGUCACCGUUCUAGUCGAUUUCACACGCGGUCACGGGUCUGAAAGAAAAGUGGUCUAUAGUGGUGUCACGUUUGCGUUAUCAUCAACUUUGCUCACCGGACAGAAUGAUGCAUUCUCACUAAGUCUCAAUGCUCGAUAUUCUGGGCCAUACAUCUACAAUAUCUUUAUGGAAUUUCUGACGCGUUUCCGGACUCCCGUUGGAUUUUUACUGCGUGAGGUCUUGUCAUCGGACAGAUCUUAUGAGGAAGCUUUGAAUCACUUAUCCAACACUCGAUUGUUCUCGCCAUCUUACAUUAUUAUCGGAGGACGUCGAGCAGGUGAAGGAGCAAUCAUAUCGAGAGAUCGCAUGAAAGCUGCCGAUGUCAUGACUUUAAGUAAGGAACAGUGGUUCUUGGUUGAAACAAACUUUGACCAUUGGGAAAAGGAUAAGGAUAAGAGGAGGAUUACCGCUGUCAAAGUAUUGAAAGAAAUAGGACGUAACGAUUUGAAUUCUGAAACGAUGCUCAAAGUUUUACGAACAGUACCGGUGAAGAACAAUGAAACCCUCUUCAGUACUGUGAUGAGCGCACGAUAUCCACAGAUUAUCAGGAAUCACACAUAUAUUUGGGCUUAGCCGCUUGCUUAAUACACUUUGUUCAAUGUACUUUUAUUUUGAAGACAUGAACCAGUAAUUUAAACUUAUCAGAUUCCGGAAUUUUCUCUGCUUGCCAUUGUGUGUUAGCUCAAUUCUGAGAAGUUUUAUUUUCCCUUUCCAUAUUCUUCUCGAAAGUUUCGAAAAUUAGCGAUCGGUUGUGGCUAGCGUCGUGCAAAUCGUCGUUAUCAGAUUAUAUCCAUUGCAGUAAGAGUACCUCGUGGUUGGGAAGAUUAUUUUUCAUUAUUAAUUCAAGG